GAAAUGAGAAUACAGUGAACAUCUUCCGCCUCUGCGAUUGGACACCGGCGGAUUUUGUGACGGGCGCGCCGCGACUGUCGCACAAACACGCACACUGGAGGGGAGGAUGGGCUGGCCGCGGAAUGGGUCGCCGACGGUCGCCGAGGAGGAGGUGACAGCACCCAGGGCAGUAUUUAACGCAAAGACCGGGCGCGGGCCUCGCAGUCACGCGGGACAUCUUCAGCUAGCUUCAGCCAGACCCAUCGCCAUCGCCUCCCCGACAUAACCAUCACCACCAUGGUGAGCAUGAGGUGCUGCUUGUUCGCGGUGGCGCUGCUCGGCGCGUUGGCGCAGGGCCAGAAGGACGACGACGACAAGCCCUACAAGUUCGGCUUCAACAUCGAGAAGUACCAGCACCGACUCGAGGAGAAGAACACGAAGGGCCUGAUCAAGGGCGAGUUCGGCUUCGUGACGGGGGACGGCGUCUACCACGAGACGGCCUACGCCACCGACGAGCAGGGCGACUUCAAGAUCCUCGGCAUGAGGAGCUACUUCGUGGGCCUGCGUGAAACGGCCAAGGGACCAACUCUGGCUUGGCCGGUAGCAGCGGCCCGUUCAGUCGUCCACCAUCCGCUUUCGGUGGCCCCGGAGCGGCCUCCCCGAGCACGGACGGCCCCCUCGUACGGCCAGCAGGGCCAGCAGGGCCAGCAGGGCCAGCAGGCCCCCCAGAAGCCCUCGUACACUCCUGUCGCCAACUCCGAGUCCAACAUCAAGGUGGGGGGCUUCACCGCCGAGGAGAUGAAGGCCCUGCUGUACCGCUUCAACUACACGCUGGGCUUCCACGGCCACCACGAGGUGGGCGACCGCGCGGGCCACAAGGAGGGCGGCUAUCACUUCAACGGGCGCGACGGCUUCGAGCGUGCCGUCCGCUACACUGCCAACGAGUUCGGCUUCCAGCCCAACAUCACCCUGCGCGAGCUGGGCGCGGACAGCAGGGCCACGCCGCGCCAGGACACGGAGAAGGGCGCCGAGUUCGGACUCAAGGGCUUCGAGUUCGUCUGGUUCAACGCGCCGAAGGGCGCGCGGACGGCGCGGACGGCGCAGACCCAGCAGGGCCGCCAGGGCCGCAGGCUCCAGCGAUGAAGGGAGGGAAGAAGACAAAAACUCGAGAAAUCGACUUAGAAUAAGGCAGCACGGCUUUUGGCAAGGCCGACCAGUGUAGUGAUUAAGGAAAAUAAAUAUAUUUAUGCGAUAA